UGUAUGCGAACUCAUGUAAGCUGUCACUCUCUGCGGAGGUGACCCAACGCUGCUGGACCUGAAUAAAAUCCUAGAGUAACCCACGACGGAGUUCGAGUCUCCUUUAACAGUUUUGGCACCCCAGAUGGGACUCUAGGCUGUGACGGGGAGGACGAAUAAAAGAGGAUCCCGAUAUUACAUCCUACAAACUGCCGGCUACAGAAAGACUCUAGAACAAGCUGCUUCACCUUACAUCGGAGGAGCUGUUCCUCGUCAAAGAAGUUUCUCGCAGUAAUGUCAGUACCGCUGAAUUCGGAUGGACAAUUGAUUGCUGAAGUGAAUGGUCGACGAGUUAUCUUUUUAGUAGAUACUGGCGCUACGUUGUCUUUGUUAAAUUUUGAUGAAUUUGAAAAAUCCAGUGAUAGGAUAAUUAUAAAAGGAGUGAUUGGAGCGGAGGAGAAAGCCCUGACAAAACCCUUACCCAUUUCAAUCGGAGAUAGACAUACUUGGGCUCGGUUUGUAGUUUCCCCAGGAUCCCCUGUAUCUUUACUUGGAAGGGAUAUUUUGCAAGAUUUAGGAACUCAAAUUGCUUUGGGAAAGAAAGGACUUUUCCUGGUUUUUAUAGGGUCAGCUGUAGUUGUAAAGGGAGAAGUCCAACAAGUUCCCUCAAUACCAUGGGAAUUGAGAGAAGUUCCCAGUGCCCUAUGGAGUCAAUCUAGUAAAGAUGUGGGACUUCUGAAAUCUGCAACCCCCGUAAAAAUUAAGACUAAAGGUGGUAUACCCCCAGCAGUUAAGCAGUAUCCUAUCGUAGCAGAAGCUAUUCCUAGUAUCACUAAACAAAUACAGAAUUUUUUGGAUAAGGGCAUUUUAAGACCUACUGUUAGUCCUUUUAAUACUCCCAUUUUACCUGUAAAUAAAAAUCGAAAGGAUGAGGAUGGAAAUCCUGAGUAUCGGUUUGUUCAGGAUUUACGAGCUGUAAAUGAAUAUGUAGAACCCCCACAUCCAGUAGUUCCCGAUCCUUCUACUAUCCUUACAAAAAUACCAAUUUGGGCGAAAUACUAUACUGUUUUGGAUUUGACCGGAGCUUUCUUUACAAUACCAAUUGACCCUGACAGCCAGAAUUUAUUUGCCUUUACAUGGGAAGGUCGCCAGUAUACCUGGACCAGACUUCCUCAAGGAUUUACUGCUUCACCAACUUUGUUCUCUCAAAUAUUAAAGAGAGACUUACAAGAUCUGGAACUACCGGCUGGGUCAGAAUUGAUACAAUAUGUGGAUGAUUUGUUAAUUGCAAGUAAAGAUUAUGACAGUUGUGUAAAAGAUACUAAAUAUGUAUGUCUUAGAUUAUAUGAGAAAGGACAUAAAGCAUCUCUCUCCAAAUUGCAGUUUUGUGAGCCUGAGGUAAAAUAUUUAGGGUUUAUACUAGCCGAAGGUACUAGGAAAUUAGAUCCAGAUAGGGUACAGGCAAUUCAGGAAAUCGCUAGACCUUUGACUAAGAAACAAAUGAGAGCCUUUCUUGGACAAGCUGGAUAUUGUAGACCGUGGAUACUGGGUUUUUCAGAGAUUGCAAAACCUUUGGUAGAGACUACUAAAGAUGUGAGCCCAGAACCCAUACCAUGGACGGAAGAAUUGGAAACAGCUUUUAUGUCCAUGAAGACUGCCUUGGUAAAUGCUCCAGCUCUUGGGUUACCAGAUUACAAAAAACCUUUUAAAUUAUAUGUAACAGAGAACAGAGGAAUUGCGAAGGGAGUAUUAAUUCAGAAGCAUGGACCCUACGAACGUCCUGUAGCAUACUAUUCUGUCACCUUGGACCCAGUUAUCAGAGGAUCUCCAUACUGUCUGCGAUCUAUUGCCGCAGCUGCUGAGCUGGUGGAAAAGGCAAGGAAUAUUGUGCUAGGCCAUUAUCUCAUAGUUGCUGUUCCCCAUGAGGUUGAACUUUUACUAACUAAAUAUGCAGAAAAAGCGCUUUCUGCACAAAGGACACACAGAUAUGAAAUUAUCCUUUUGCUAACAGAGAAUGUCAAACUUGAGAGAUCAAAGACUCUUAACCCUGCUACCUUACUCCCAGUGACUGAACCUGAAAGAUCACACGACUGUGUAGCUGUCUUGAAAACCAUAAGCAAGACUAGAGAAGAUUUGAGGGACACUCCGGUAGAACACCCUGAUUUGAAUCUCUUUACUGACGGAUCUUCCUUUUAUCUUCACGGUAAAAGAUUUACGGGCUUUGCAAUAGCUACUGAAAAGUUUGUUCUCAUUGCUGAACCCUUGCCACCGACAUUAGGAGCUCAAGCUGCAGAAUUGAUAGCACUAACCAAAGCAGCAUUGUAUGCUAAGAAUAAACGAGUUAAUAUUUACACUGACUCGAAGUAUGCCUAUGGCAUUUGUCACGCAGUCGGUGCAUUGUGGAAAGAAAGAGGCUUUCUAACAUCUGCAGGUAAAACCAUUGCACAUGGGUCUUUGAUUAAUGACUUGUUGUUGGCAAUACAAGAGCCAAAGGAAGUUGCGGUAAUUUAUAUACCUGCUCAUACGAAGCGCACUGAUCAGCUUGCGACAGAAUGGAAGAAGAUGCAAGCUGUGCAAGAUAAAGGGAUCUGGACCCUGAAUGGUAAACCUCUAUUGCCCAGAAGGUAUGUACUGCCGCUUGCGCGUUGGUACCAUGAGAAGGGGCAUGGAGGUCCCGAAGCAGUAGCCUCAAAGGUAACGCAGCUAUGGGCAGCACCAGGAAUCUUUUCAGCAGCUAAGAAACUGACUGAAGGAUGCUCUUUGUGUAAGAGAUAUGGAGAUAUAAGGCCAAAAGUAACGCCAGGGAAGAGGCCGCCAGCAGUCUAUCCUUUUCAGAAACUUCAGAUUGACUUUGCGGAAAUGCCAGCCGCUCUCGGAUAUAAAUACUUGCUGGUAAUAGUAGAUCAACUCUCUGGGUGGGUAGAAGCUUUCCCGACCCGGAAGAAUGAUUCAAAAAUAGUUGUAAAAAUCUUGCUUAAGGAAAUCAUUCCUCGAUAUGGCGUACCUGAGGUGAUAGACUCUGACCGUGGACCGCAUUUUACAGCAUCUAUUUUAUUACAAGUUUAUGUAACCCUAGACAUCAAAGGACAGUUUCAUACUCCGUAUCACCCACCUUCAUCAGGGCAAGUAGAAAGAAUGAAUAGAACAAUUAAGGAGAAGUUAGCGAAAGUAUGCAGUGAAACUGGAUUAAAGUGGCCAGAGGCAUUAAAUUUAGUUUUAUGGGAUCUUAGAACUACUCCAAAGCAGCCGUUAGGAAUUAGCCCAGCAGAGGUCCUAUUUGGACGAGUUUUAGCUGUACCUGGUUCAUAUAUUUCAGCAAAAACUGCACUACUGGACGGAGAUGAGAAUGUCACUCAAUAUUUAUUAUAUUUACAAGAUUCCUUUCAGAAAAUUAGAAAAUAUGCAUAUUGAUACCAAGGUGUGACACCAGAAGUACAGGUUCAUGAUUAUAAAGUGGGAGAUGAAGUGUUGGUAAAAACAUUUAAACGAAAGAAUAAGAUGUUGCCAAAAUAGGAAGUAAGCCAUAUGAUGCAAGUUGUGCAACGAGACAAUGUAUCCUGGGAUGUUAGUGAUUUAUGGCAAUGGGCUACUUCCUGGAUUCCUGAUUUUCCAACUUUAAUCAAGAAGAUUCUAAUGGUAGUCGUUUUAGUCAUAAUCAUUUUGAUCAUGGUAAUGUUUGUAUGUCAGUGUUGUGUCUCGUGUUUAUCUCGUAUACCCACCAGACCCUAUUGUAUCCGAUAGGAUAGUGAGUAUCCUAAAA